CGGUGCGCGGGCGCGGGGCCGGGCCGGGCGGGCGCGGGGGAUGCGCGGCGGGGCCCGCGGGGGGCGGCGGGCGCGGAGCCAUGCGGAGCCCGGGGUGAGGCGCCGCGGCCGCCCCUCGCCAUGAAGCGGCAGAACCUGCGCACGGCCGCGCUCAUCCUCUGCAUCUUCUCCUACCUGCUGGUGGGCGCUGCCGUCUUCGAUGCGCUGGAGUCGGAGGCGGAGAGCGGCCGCAAGCGGCUGCUGGAGCAGAAGCGCGGGGAGCUGCGGAGGAAGUACCGCUUCUCCGCCGACGACUACCGGGAGCUGGAGCGGCUGGUGCUGCAGGCCGAGCCGCACCGCGCCGGCCGGCAGUGGAAGUUCGCCGGCUCCUUCUACUUCGCCAUCACGGUCAUCACCACCAUCGGCUACGGACACGCUGCCCCGGGCACAGAUGCUGGCAAAGUUUUCUGCAUGUUCUACGCCAUCCUGGGCAUCCCCCUGACACUGGUCAUGUUCCAGAGCCUGGGCGAGCGCAUGAACACCGUCGUGCGGCUGCUGCUCAAGAAGAUCAAGAAGUGUCUGGGCAUGAGGACAACCAAUGUCUCCAUGGAGAACAUGGUCCUCGUCGGCUUUCUGUCCUGCAUGGGGACCCUGUGCAUCGGCGCAGCAGCCUUCUCUUACUUCGAGGGCUGGACUUUCUUUCAUGCCUAUUACUACUGCUUCAUAACCUUGACCACUAUCGGCUUCGGAGACUUUGUGGCUCUGCAGAAGAACGAGGCUUUGCAAAAGAAGCCCCCGUACGUGGCUUUCAGCUUCAUGUACAUCCUGGUGGGCCUGACUGUCAUCGGCGCCUUCCUCAACCUGGUGGUGCUGCGGUUCCUGACCAUGAACUCGGAGGACGAGCGGCGGGACGCCGAGGAGCGCGCCUCGCUGAGGAGAGCCCGCAACAACAUCCACCUCAAGCCGAAAGAGGACAGCCGGAGCGGAAAUGCCAUUUUUCUGCCCGUGGAGGACAGGACGAGCCAGAUGAACCUCAUCCCGCUGGUCCAGGAGGAUGCGGGCAGACAGCGGCGCCAGUCGGCCAACUCGGCGGCCGCCGUCCCCUCCUUCUGCACGUGCCUGUGCUACAGACCUCAGCUGUGCGGCAGCCCCGUGCCCUCCCACCCCGAGACCCUGAGCUGCCACACCAACCCCGUGUAUUACAACUCCAUUUCCUACAAAAUCGACGAGGUGUCCCUGAGCACGCGGGGUCAGACCGGCUCUUCCCCCGGGAGCACUUUAUCAUCCAGCAGCCCUCGCUGCCGGCAACGCUCCCGGCUGCGGAGGAAAUCCAUCUAGGAGCAUGUGCCGAGCUGUACUCAGUGCUCGAGUCCUACUAUGAUGAUAAAUUAAGAACAGAGAUGUCAGGUCCCUCUUACUGCUCUCAUUUCUUCUCCUCGCAUCCCCAUUCAGCUGGCAGCCAGCCCCACGCAGGGUCCAGCAGGAAACUUUAAACCCCAUUGAGAAAUAAUAAUUUCUUUUUGCAGGCACUGAAUGACAUUGUGUUUCUCUUUGCUUUUCCCAAGUAGGUUCAAGCAUUUGGGCCUGGCAAGAGACCCCCCCGAUGUGAAGUCCAGCAAGCUGUAGGUUUGCUUUCCCACCUCCCUGCCCCCCCAAAACGAUGUUGCUGCCCUCCUGCCCUGCAUAACCCUGGCCAUGGCCACUGCCAGCCCGUGCCUCUUGCUACAUGGGCUGGAUUGCACUUGCUGAGAGCAUAUCAAAAGCAAAGCCCAGGUUAGCGAGCCCUGCAGGGCUGCAGAUCUUUCAGCUGUCCCCUGGCAGCGGGUGCAGGUAAGUCGGUGCCAUGCAGCAGGUUUGCAGCUGGUGGGUGGGCAGGAGAGGACAGUCCUGGCACUUGGCACAUGGGGACAGCUUCAUGGCACUGCAUCUUCCACACCAGCCCUCCGGGUCUGAGCUCAGGCUUGUGGCUGCCUCUGUAUUUUUGGAAGCUGGAGGUUCACACACCCAGCAGCACACCUUACCUCAUGCUGGCAGGUCCUCCAGGCUGGGCUGGCUGGUGGGACAUCAUGUCCCCUUUGCAGGGAAGCUGAACCCCCUCCAGCCCAGCCACGGUCCUCUGCAAUAAGCCCAGGCUGCACCAAGGACACAGCCCCAGGGACAGCCUCGCUCAACCACAGAGGCUUUGCCACCUGCAAAGGGUUUGGCCAUGAUGAGAUCGUUAGCUAAAAUCACCCUUUCCUGCACUGCCUUUCCUCCAGCUGGCAGCCCAGCAAGCGUGUCUGCUCUUCAUCUUCUCCAGUCCCCAGGACCCCCUGGGUUUGUGCUGGUUGCUGCUGGGGUUGUGAGCGAAGGGGUGAGCCCAUCUCAGUGUGAGCCCCCGGGUGGGAUGCGGGACCCGCACAGCCCUGCCUGUUCCCAGCUGGUCCCCCCCACCAUGGCCUGUGUCCAUCUUGCCUUGUCUGGAAGAAAGCAGGACUGGGCUCUGAGGGCAGUAGCAGCUCUGUUUCACUUAUUUUUUCCUCCAUAAACAGCCAUUUUCACUCUUAGUUCUAUUUAAAUACCCUCCGAGAUGUUUUCCUGGAGGAAAAUCCUCUUUCUUUUUCUGGUGGGAAGGCAUGCAGAGCGCCAGCACUGGGGAGGCCUCAGGGGAGGCUUUGCUCUCUCCCUUUUUUUGUUCUGGGCAGUUUAAUAAAAGGUGAAUCCA